AUGGGAAUGUCCGAAGAAUUCGUGAUAUCGUUCCUACGGAUGAUGAUUGUAAACCAGAUCCGGAUCGCCCAGUUCAACUUUGGAAUAUGUCACUUCUCAUGCGAUCCGGACACAUUUUGUCGACUCAUGGAAGUUGUUCAUUUGAAAGAACUGUGUAUUAUGAGCAGUACAGAGGAUGAUGAACAGUUUUCUGCUCGGCUGGUGGCUUCCCCGACAGCAAAUAAGCUAAACCGGCUUGCCGUCGGAUUUCCAUCGAGGAUCUCCGAUGAUUACUUACUAUCAUCGCAUCACAGUUGGUUGGCAGUGAAGGAUACCACCGUCAGUGCUUCGGCUAUCCGAGCAUUCAUAUUAGACUGGAUCCAGGGACGGAGAUCAUUCGAUUACAUGGGACUGAGUACAAGUUGCCGUCUGGAAGCCGAAACAAUAUUGGAAAACUUGGAAUUUCGCCAAGUGGACAGUUAUACCGUAAUGUUAUGUAGUAAGCAUGGUGAAAAAAUGGCGUUAACUAUUGAAGAGAAUUCGUUUGUGAUGUAUAAUAGGAAUGCUGAGAGAAUUAUGUGCGAAAUAGAGGGUUAA